UUGGUUCCCAUAAAAAAAAGCCCUUUGGUUUAGCGCUAUUUCUGCAACCUAUGCAAUUGCAUACACAACGCGAAGCAAGAAGAUGAACGCAAAUACUAUGAUGAAGCGAGGGCUCGCAAGCUUGACCAGCACGGCAGUAACCACCAGAUUCUCCUCCUGCUCGUCUCUCCGGUUGUUCUGUUCCGACGCCGCUGCUGCUGACGUGGACGCCCCUGCUUCUUCGGUUCUGAAGACCGUCAACCCCACUUUGCUUCAGCCCAGAGUGGUCCUCUACGACGGCGUUUGCCAUCUCUGCCACCGAGGAGUUAAAUGGGUAAUCAGGGCAGACAAGGACAGAAAGAUCAAAUUCUGUUGCGUUCAGUCUAAUGCUGCUGAGCCCUAUUUGAGAGCAUGUGGUCUUGAACAAGAGGAUGUCCUCCGUCGAUUUUUGUUCGUUGAAGGCCUCAAUGUGUUCUCUCAGGGUUCAACUGCUGCAUUGCGAGUGGUGUCAUACUUGCCACUCCCUUACUCUGUUUUAAGCUCGCUCUGUGUGGUUCCAACUCCAAUCAGGGAUGCAGUCUAUGAUUAUGUAGCGAAACAACGGUAUGAAUGGUUUGGUAAGGCUGAAGACUGUUUGGUUUUGCAAGAGAAAGAGCUGCUUGAGCGUUUCAUAGAUAGAGAAGAACUGAUGAAUCGAGAUUGGGAUUCAUAAAUUGGUAUCAUUAUCAACCACAAUUUACACUUUAAGGUCCAGCUUCUUCUUUUCUGUUAUCUUGCAGUCUUCUACAGCACUAAACUGUAAAUUUGAAGUGCUUCCAGGAGUAGGAUCCUUCACCCAAAAUACUUACCCUUGUUCAACUUGCAAUUUCUUUCAAUUGUGAUUAAGGCUUUCAACUUCUAGAUGCUAUAUUGUCUAGGAUUUAUUUUUUAGUAGUAAAAUUUAUAUACACAAUUUUUUCACCUUUUUUUUAUAUCAUUUGUUUUAUGGUGCUAAGACGACAGAAUAUUAUACACACCAUUGGUUUGCUUCUGCUAUUAAGGCUGCAAGCUUGGUAUCACAGCAUGGUGUCAGAUUCAGAUUAUACUGAAUUCGACAACUUCUCUAACAGUGAAGUUUAUCAUUUACAUUAUCCCGUUAGUUAAUUGUUCUGUACGCUUUUCAACUACAAUAUUUUUGGA